AUGGCUGCAGUUUUUGAGAUCCAACCCAUCGAAAGAUUCAAUGGGAUAUCAGAACCCUUGAAACGACCAAGAGAGAUUGCGUGUUUCUCCUAUGAUGAAUGGCACCGUUUUCGUCUCGAUGAUUCGGCCCUUCGUUACUAUUACCCCCCGAAACUGCCGGUAGAUCUCAAGGCAGGGUUCGAUACUUUUAUUCAACGUGAUGAGUCUGAUGAUAAACAUCUUAAUGCCCUUCUUGACACAAUCAUCGCAACGGAGAAGGAGAAAGAGAGAAAGUAUGAUAUGGAUUUUGUUACCUGGAGAGGAAUGAUGACCAAGAUAUUCAUCGCUCCUUAUGAUACCAUGGAUGGUUUUAUUGAAGAGUCUCACUCUUACCACCUUGAACGACUUAAAGAACAGGGGAAUAGAAGAGUGCGUCCUGGAGCACAUUCGUCUGAUAUGAUGUCUUACUGGGGGUACAAGUUCGAAACUGUUUCCGUACUUUCUGAGCCCUGGGAUGCAGCUUCACGAGAAACCAUUGAGGCUCGGGAAAGUGAGGUUGUCAAUAACAAUCCUCAAUACUGUUCCCUUGCCCGCACUGGUAUCGGAAACAUCAGAAUGCUCCUUGCCGGGGAGGUUGAUGCAGUGUGGGACUGCAAGCCAGACAAAAAGGACGAUCCAAUCAACUGGGUAGAGCUCAAGACAUCUGCAACAAUCCGCCAUGCAAAUGAUGCUAUGAACUUUGAGCGCAAGCUUCUCAAGUUCUGGGUCCAGUCGUUCCUCCUUGGAGUUCCAAAAAUAAUAGUUGGGCGCCGGGACCAGGAUGGAUUUCUUCUAGCGCUGGAGGAGUACGCCACGGACGAAAUCCCAAAUAUCCCUAAGAGAGGGGCACGUACCUGGGAUGCAAACAUAUGUAUCAAUUUUGCAUCCCAGUUUCUAGCUUGGUUGAAGACCAUCGUGAACUCGGAUGGAGUAUGGACUAUUCGAAAGGCAGCAAAGUCUAACCAUAUUGAGGUUUGUAAAGUUCAAGAAACUGGCCACGGAAAUAUUCUUACUCCAGAAUUUAUCGAGUGGAGGUCGCAGAAUUAA